UCAUUGUACGAUGUGUGAUUCGUCGGCUAGGUGAGCUGGCUCUUUGCGGCGAGUGGUGUCCCCUCCACGAGCAGCGCGCUGCCUGUCCAGAGGCGCGGAGCGGCGAAAGAUGAUCAUCGCCAGCGGCACCAAUUCAAGCUCCGACGCGCUCCGUCCCUCCUCCUCACCUCCUCCUCCUCCUCCUCCUCCUCCUCCUCCUGCUCAGACCCCGGGCCAUGGGGCCCUGAUCCGCCUCGAUCCCCGAACCAGCCUUUACCACCACCAUGCCAAAGGACAGAACGCAGGAAGAGUCGCAUUGACAGGGCGGGUAACUUUGACUUCGUGCCCCAAGGGUAAAGUGGAUGGCCAUCGCGCAAAGGUGCCCCUGCAGCAUGUCCGGCGGGGCCAGGGCGCACUGGACGCUACCAGCGGUUCUUGUACUGUGGACCUCUCUCUGCGGGAUCGUUUCACCUUAUCCGAUUCCGAGCAGGACUAACGCGACUCUACUGGAGAGGAGGUGGGAGACGCUCUUCUCCCGCUCCUACCUGGGUAUAAGCGGGGCGAAGUCGGAGCUCAACUGGGAGAGUGACUAUUUGCAGGGCAUCAAAAGAGUGCGGCGGCUGUACUGCAACGUGGGCAUUGGGUUUCACCUGCAGGUGCUCCCGGACGGCAGGAUAAGCGGUGCACACAAUGAGAACCAAUACAGUCUCAUAGAGAUCUCCACCGUGGACCGAGGAGUGGUCAGCAUGUUCGGGGUGAGGAGUGAGCUGUUUGUCGCAAUGAACAGCAGGGGAAGGUUAUACGGAACGCUGAUCUCUGAUCAGUGA